AUGAAUACGCGAACUUCGAGUUUAUCGUCGCUGUCUGAUCUAUUUCGUCCAAACAAUCCAAGACGACUCAGGUCUAGAGACUUAAGUUCUACGAGACUACAUAUCCUCAAGAAAGAGAUACAAACGGACACCCAUCUUAUUACUCUCAAAGAGUUAUACUCUUUGCUGGGCACUGAUCCUGUCAAUGGACUUACGAGUGAUAAAGCAAGGGAAUUAUUAGAAUACUACGGACCGAACAUGCUCACGCCAUCCGCUCAUUUGAAAUGGCCUUUGUUAUUAUUUAAGUCUAUGUGCACAGGUUUUUCUGUUUUAAUUUGGCUCGGCGCCGUGUUAUGUUUGGGAGCUUACGUGAUAGAAAUAACUGCUAAACCAAAUCCGAGUCAUGACAACCUUUACUUGGGAUGUGUUCUUAUCGGCGUUGAUGUAAUAUGUGGUCUCUUUAGUUUUUUCCAAAACUAUAAAAGUUCUAAGAUAAUAAAAACAUUCAACAAUUUAAUUCCUAUGUACGCAAACUGCGUCCGUGAUGGAGUUUUAACACGUAAUGUUCAAGUACGGGAUCUGGUGAAAGGAGACAUCGUUGAGGUUGAAAUAGGUGACGUGCUACCGGCAGAUAUAAGGAUAAUUGAAAGUAAAGGAUUUAAAGUUGAUAACUCAUCUCUGACUGGAGAGAGUGUAGCAUUACCUCGUAGUAACACGGAAGGGACUGAAAAUAUACUGGAGUCGCCGAACAUUGCUUUUUUUUCUGCACUCUGUGUUGAGGGUUGGGCUAGAGGUGUAGUUGUCUGCUGUGGUGAUUUAACAGCUCUAGGUCGUGUUGCUGGUCUAGCGGCUAGACUUCAACCCGCUCCGUCACCUCUCUCAAGGGAAAUACGUCGUUUCAUGCGCUGUAUGUCGGCGUGGGCAUUAAGUUUAGGUAUAAUCGUCGCAGCCGCCAGCCUGAGUCUAGGAUAUCCGUUCAUUCAAACAACGAUAUUCGUCAUUGGCAUAAUAGUCGCUAACAUUCCAGAAGGAUUGCAGCCAACAGUCACAGCUUCUUUAACGUUGACAGCUAAGCGUAUGGUAUCGAAACAAUGUCUGGUUAAAAAUCUAGAAACAAUUGAAGCUUUGGGUGCCUGUACAAUAAUAUGCUCUGACAAAACAGGGACAUUGACUGAGAAUAAAAUGUGCGUCCGAAACAUUUGGGUGUGGAACAAAAAGUAUUCUGUUCUCGAUAAGGAUUUUAAAUCAACAACGCAAAACGAUGCAGCUUGCAUCGCGUUUAAAAUAUGCGCGUCAGUGUGUAGCAACGCUGUAAUUUCUACAAAGAGUGAUGUAAGGGGCGACGCAUCUGAGAAGGCGAUUUUGAGCUUUUUAAACGAAUACGACGACCCAAUGUCUAUACGGAAACGAUUUCCAAAAGUAGCCGAAAUUCCUUUCAAUUCAAUCAAUAAAUAUCAGAUGAGUAUCCAUUUUGAUACGCAAAGUUCAAAAUACUAUUUGGCUAUGAAGGGUGCUCCGGAACGAAUAUUAUCUCGCUGCGAUACUGUAAUUUUUCACAACCAAGACAUUAAAAUGACAAACGAUAUGAAAGACGUUGCCAAUAAAGCCAUCGAAAAUUUGGCGAACACCGGUCAAAGAGUUCUAGCGUUUGCCGAUUUGAUUUUGGACGCUAAAGAAUAUCCUAAAAAUUAUAAGUUCGAUACAGAAGACAUUAAUUUUCCUCAAACAAAUCUUCGUUUCCUCGGACUUGUUGGCUUGAAAGAUCCGCCAAGGAAAGAGGUACUCUUCGCUAUCCGGCGCGUACGUGCAGCUGGUGUGAGAGUUUUAAUGAUAACCGGUGACCAUCCUGCCACAGCGAGGGCGGUGGCAGCGGAGGUUGGUAUCGCUACCACCUCUGCGUGCCGUGUGGUCACCGGCGACGAUCUCAGGAAUAUGACGCAUGAUUUACUGUCGUUGACACUCGAAAAACAUUACGAGAUUGUCUUUGCAAGGACAUCUCCCACGCAAAAGCUGCAAAUAGUUGAAGCUUGCCAGGAGAAAGGGAACGUUGUAGCAGUUACAGGAGACGGGGUAAAUGACGCACCGGCGUUGAGACGAGCAGAUAUCGGAAUAUCCAUGGGAAUAACGGGAUCUCAAGUAUCCAAGCAAACUGCAGAUAUUAUAUUAAUGGAUGAUAACUUUGCGACUAUUGUUACUGGCAUAGAAGAAGGUCGAAAAAUAUUCGAUAACCUAAAGAAAUCCGUCUGCUACAUCCUGAUAUCGAACGUACCAGAAAUACUACCAGUUUUUAUGUUCAUUCUUUUCUCCAUACCGUUGCCACUCGGAGUAAUGACCAUCCUUUGUAUUGAUCUGGGCACGGAUAUGUGGCCAGCCGUAUCUUUAUCCCACGAGUUAGCUGAACAGGAUGUGAUGGCGCGUCCUCCGCGAACAUCAGACCCACUUGUGUCAACCUGCAUGUUAAACUUGGUGUAUGGUCAUCUCGGCUUGAUAGAAUUCGCCGCGGGAAUUUUCGCUUACUUCGUUGUUAUGGCUGAACACGGAUUCUAUCCUAAAGAACUAUUUGGUAUUCGUGAAGCUUGGGACAACGAGGCAGUAAGUGACGUGACAGACUCCCUCGGCCAGGAGUGGACUUUUAACGAACGAAAAGAACUCGAACGCAUCUGUCAAGCUGCUUACUUCGUAGCGGUUGUCAUUACACAAGUGACAAAUUGUAUAAUUUGCAAAACUAGAUACAAUUCAUUCUUUCAAGUUGGUAUGAAAAAUGGAGUUCUCAAUAUGGGUUUAAUAUUCGAAUUAUUCAUAGCAGCGCUUGUGUGUUAUGUUCCCGGAGUAAAUACAUUUUUCAGGACCUACCCUCUCCGACUGAGAUGGUGGUUCUUAGCUCUACCAUUUUCAGCUUUUAUGUUCGUUUUUGACGAAUUCAGAAAAUAUUGUAUUCGAAGGCAUAAGUUUAACGGUUGGUUCAAUAAACUCACUUAUUAUUAA